UUCCAAAGGGAUCAAGAGCAUGUGAGGUCCGUCCUCUUCCUUGUGCUAUCCCUGGUUCCCCGUCCAUCACUGGAAGAACUGCAUCCUGAACUCAACAAGUUCCCGGUCACACCGGCUUCCUGCAUCAGAGGGAACACGAGAACUCUCCCUAGCGGAGAGCCAGCGCCAGUUCUCGUCUCUUCUCCGCCGAGCUACACACGCGCGUACACUCACACACACGCGCGCACGCACCGAGCGCCAGCAAAACAGCACACGCUCCCCUUUCUCUCGUGCAUUCCCAAAAGUAGGAGCGGAGGGAGCUCGCCCGAAGCCUCUGCCUGCAAGACGGGAGGACUACAGAGAAUGCUUCAAAGUGAACACAUCAAGAAGCCAGGUUUGACGCGGGGGCUGCUUGAAAGGAUCCCCGCCACCCGCUUCCUCCCCAUAACAACCUCCACCCCCCACCCCCACCCCACCCCCCGCACUGGCUUCAUUUUUAUCGUAUGUGAGAUCACAUCGAAGGCACUGAAUUGCAGUAAAUGAGGACAUUUUCCAGACUGCGUGGCUCCUGCUGCUGCUACCCUGACAAUUGCUUCACGUAGUCACGGCUGAAUUAAUGUUUCACUGCGAAAUCUAACGGGGAGGAAGAGGAGGCAGAGGCUGUGCUGCCGGUUGGCUGGCAGCGGUGACCAAGUCUCCGGGAAGCAAUUCCACCCCCCUUCUUCUUCUUCUUCUUCUUCUUUAAAAAAGAAAAAAAGAAAAAUCCCAUUGGUGUUAUCUUGCAGCAGAUGCUCUUACAAGAGUGGAUCGUUGCUCUGCAAGCUUGCAGAAGUGAGCCGGGAGAGAUGCAUCAUCGCAAAGGAACUGCACAGACCUUUACUUAUUUGUAAGGAAGCGUAGGAAAAGGUGAGUGGCAAGAUGGCUAAAGGAGCUGAUAAUGAGAUGUGGAAUCUUUCGUCUCCAGCCUCACAAUCCCUUAAUAGUGACGGAACCAUGGAGAGUAAGGAACCCAGCAAGUGCUUGCUUACAGCCUCUGAAAGUGAAGUUGAUCCAGCUACAUCCCUUGCCUUAGAGAUGAAAUACGCACUGGAUCCCAACCGGCAGAUCAAGAAAAGAAACAAAGCCCUGCAGGUGAGAUUCAAAGACAUAUGUGACGCCCAAAACGAGCAGAGAGAUAAACAACUCUCUACAUUACAGCAGAGUGACAAAAAGGAAGCAAAGCCCAUCUCUUACAGAGCAGCUUACCGGAAAUAUAUGACAGUGCCUGCUCGGAGAUCAAUCCCUAACGUUACUAAAAGUACAGGAGUUCAGACUUCGCCUGAACUCAAAAAGUGUUACCAGACAUUCCCCUUGGACCGGAAAAAGGGGAGUAUCAUCAAAAGCAUAGCUUCUGUUGACACUUUUCCAAGUCAAAACAAUGGAUUCCUAAUAGAUGUUAAAGAUAAAGACAGCAAAAUCUCAGGGGAGGCUGCUCAGUGUAGCAAGAAAGUCACUGGAUUUGUGACAGCUGAGUUUAUUUCACAUACUAAUGAACGCAUGAAUGCAAUAGAGCAGCCUUCUAGUGACAACUGUUCGGAGACAUGUAGAAGCACUGAUUUGCACAGCUGUACUAAAGAACCUCCUUCUCUUCAAAAUUCAGCAGCUUCUGUUUUAGAAGAGCCUGAUUACCAGCUGCAUGACAAAGCAAAACACCACAGUGGGCCGUUGGGGAACGAGGAGGCUAAUCCACCCACCCAUGGAAAAGUGUUCAAGACAGAAGUAGCUUCUGUCUACUUGCCUGCAUCCAGUUCUCACAUCUCACUGACGGACCUGCAAAAAUCUGCAGCAGGGAAUGACUGGUCUCUGUGCCCGACCGAGGAGGACAAAAAAAGAACAGUGCAUCUUAAUGGUCUGCAAUCACAAGCCGUAAGUGCAGCUCAGGCCUGUUCGACGCAGGCACAGUGCCAAUCAACCGAAUGUAAUGAACAGACCCUUCAGAUACAUGUUUCACCUAUGGAAGGAAAACAGCCUUGUCAGACAGCAGUUGCUGUGAGUGAAGGAUGCCAACAAAUUGUGCCUCACACAGAAGUGGUAGACUUGAAAGCACAGCUACAGAUGAUGGAGAACUUGAUCAGCUCAAGUCAGGAAACCAUAAAGGUCUUGUUGGGUGUUAUUCAGGAGCUGGAAAAAGGAGAAGCUCAUAGAGAAGGAUAUUGUUCCAUGGGGAAAAACCUUUUGUCGAAAUCGGACCUUGACUAUGUAAUGAAAGCUUCUUCUCAUUUGUUGAGACUUGAUCCAUUAAAGCUUUCAUAUCGGACUGGUCAAGACACAUCUAACUGUGACACAUGCAGGAACAGUGCAUGUAUAAUCUAUAGUGUGGAAUUAGAUUUUAAGCAGCAAGAAGACAAACUACAGCCAGUUCUGAGAAAACUUCAUCCUAUUGAGGAAACUCAGGUUGCACCUUUGCCUUAUUCCCAGGAGAGUUACUCCUCAACUCCCAAGCAAAAAUCCAAAACUGAAUCAAAAAAGCACGGAAGAUGGAAACUCUGGUUUCUUUAACUAACUCCGUAAUAUAUGGAAUUUUAAGGCCUUCUUCAAAAAACAAACAAACACAUCCACACGCAAAGUUGUGGAAUUUUUAAAAAAGGGAUCUUGGUAAUCUGAGCAGGUGACUGUCAGCAAGUGUUAUACUGACAAUAUUAAAGAAGCAUUCUGUUCUCACCAUAUGUACCAAAAAGGCCUUUGUACCUAUGAACUAACUUUCAGGAGCAAGGCGUUAAAUCACACCUUGCCAACUUUGUAUUCAAAUUUCACCAGUGUGGGAUGUAAAAGAAUUUUAAAAACCAGGAUAGAAAUUUAGGUUAGAAAAGUAAAACUACUCUCCCCCAAGUCCCUCAACCCACAAUCAUUUUUUAAAGAAACAUUUUAAUGUCAAACUGCCAUCUUGCUCACAUCUGAGUAUAUCAAUUCAAGUAAGAUUUGUUUUGAUUUGUUUUUGUGAAGGCGAAAAGCAAGCCUUUUGGUUCCAAAGGCCUUCGUUGUACAUCUAAUUUUCCAAAUAUGCUGGGGUUGGGUAGUGCCAUUUUCAGCACAUAAAAUCCUGAGGAAAGCACAAUAUUUUCAAAUGGUCUGAGACCAUGAAUAAUCUUUAAGAUGUGACUAUGUGUAAACUUGCCUUUAUGUGCUGUAGCAUUAAGCCAAGUGAUUGCAUCUCAGUUAAAUGCUGGCACCUUUUAUUUAUUGUCAUUUUCAUUGCCAGACCUACUGCUCACUUUAUAUGGGGAGCAAUGAAAAGCCACCCAAAGUCAGGACAUGCCUUUAAUCACUGAAAAGUUGACAGGGUCAAAGCUAGGGGCUCUUAGCUCUCUUAGAUAUCAUUUUUAAUCUGUUGGUACCCAACAGCUAAAAUUAUAUAUUCUUGGCACCAUAUUUUGGGAGGGGGGAGGAGAAGAGAUGGAUAACAUUAAAGUAACAGAUCAUUGGCAGCUGCCACAAUUUAAUACUCUUUUGUAAUUCAGUCUUGAAAAACACUAUACACUAUUGACACACUGUGCCAGAAAUUUUAUAAUGUGUUGUGCUUUUUAAAAGUUCACAAGAGCCUGGCAAUUUUAUUUAGUUGCGCAUUCAAGAAAGACAGCCAACCAUCUUGACCUCCAUAUUUCGUUCAGUAUUAACAGAUCAAAACCUUGAAUGAAAAUGUGAAAACAGACAACUUUAAGAAAAGGUUAUGGAUUUACAAAUCAGUCCCCAUACAAAAUCCAUUGAAGUUGAAAAGUGUCCCGGGAUUCAUUGGGAAAAAAACUGGUAACCUUAAGAGUAACAUUUAAAAUUCACCCUCAACUGUAAACCUUGGGCAUGAGCCAUCCACUUUCUUUAUUACCCACGUAUUUCAAGAGGAGGAAGCCGAAUACUAAAUUCUCACCAAUAUCAAUACAAUAAGGAAGUUCUUAAAUUUGGUUGUGUUGUAUCCUGAUUUUUCCCCAUAUUUUUAAAUCGUGUCUCAAGAGGAAAAAUAUGUUAUAAUGACUUUCCUUGUAAACUUUAGGAUUAAGUCAGACUUCUCAGAUCCUUUCUAGUUUAAUUUUCAACAGGGUAUAUGCAAGGUAUUAGGUCUACAAUUUCAUGUCUUGAACAAGCAUUUUUUCAAUACUGGGAAGCAACAAAAAGGGGAAAUAAUUUUACUUUUAGAAUUCCACACAAAAAAGGAGAAACAAGUGUGUGACAUGCUAUACUCCACUUACUUCAAUCUCAAAGUCAUUAUUUAAAUAUUGCCAAUUUUAUAUGGCUCCCAAAAAAAGCAAUUUGGUCAUUUUUAGGGGGAAGAUAAAUGCUUCACUUAAUGAGUUAUGAAAAUGCAGUAUGUGAUUGUUAUGGUCAGCUUCAAACAGUACUUCCUAUUUAUGCUUUAACGAAAAAUUCACACCUUUCUAGUAAAAUUCCAAGAGGGCUACAAAUCAUUGUACAUAUUCCAAAAUAUUUUUUUGCGAAAGCUGAAGGAUGAGAAAGGCAUUUCCGUGCCAUGAAGGAAAGUGCAAUUGUUUUAUGUUGGACGGGGGAGAAUGAAACAAUGUAUUUUAUAAUGUUUUUAAUUAAAGUUCAAAACCUGUUUACAAAAGAUCCCACCAUAAAUAUUUUAGAAUUCCAAAUAUCUCAGAACAUAAAAUAUAUUAUUUUUAUGAAAACAAAAUCCUCAAAUAUAAGCAUAUGUAUAUUAAACUAAGAUGUUUAUUAUGAUACUGCAAACAUCUUCACAUACAGAGCAGCUCAGUUCCUUUGACCAUUGAUGCAUGGUCUUAAAGAGGAUCAUGGCCAUUAUCUUGAUCCAAAGAAGUACAAAUGGGAAGUCUGCACAUGUAGAGACUUCUGUUUACUUCUGCUGACACUAUAACCCAUAAUACACCCCAAAACGCAUUUGAAAAUUCCCCCAAAUCUAAAAUAUAGUUUGCCAUCCAAGGCAGGUAGUUACCAUUCAGUGACAGUGACAGAAGCCCAGCUAUAUGCAUUCAUCCCCUCAAACAACAACAAAUUGGGUCAAUAGUCCAAGCUCUACAGUCACUAUCUCACAAGUUAUAAAUGUGCUUGCUGAAAACUGCACAUGCAUAUGUGCGCUUUCUCCAUUCCCCUCCCCCUCCAGCAGCCUUCACUGCCCCUUUGCCUCACCCAACCCCACCAACACAAAACCAGGUUAGGACUUAAAUCAAUGGAAAGGUUGUUGGGCUUAAAGAUUGUUAGCUGCAAGAAAUGCACAACAAAAAAGUGUGCAGUCUUCUGGUAUGUAUGGUAAAUAUCUGCUGGUUUACAGCCCUUAACAAAUUUAAGUGUUUUCGUACCCGGGCCAAAAUACGGAUAGUAUACAACUACACAUAUUUUAAACAAACAGCUCUCUGAUAUUCUUAGCAUUUGAUCUCUGUGUUACAGAAAUAGCCCAUAUUCUCAUGGGUUUCCAUUUACAUACAAAUCUACAAAAACAGUAUUUUGCUUGUUGCCAAGUAACACAAAAGCUACAUUAUACAGGUAUCAAGGUGGAAAAAGAGGUGCUGGGAAACCAUUUUGAAGCUGAAAAAAUGAAACUAAAUUAAAUGUUCUAUAUACAUGAACGGAGUAUUUUUCCUAAAACGCUGACAAAUUUUAAUUCCUACACUUCCUCUAUUCAAAAGGUAAAAUACAUAUUCUUGCUCAAAAUUACAUAUUGUGUUAUCGUACCAUACUAUGUAACUUGUAAUAAAAUGUUCUCUGCAAGUGUGUAAACCGUAUCAUAUUGUAUUACAUUUAGGAUCACUCAGGCACAAUUUAGAAUUUUAUGGAGGGACAAUUUAAUUCUUUAAAAUUUGUAGCCAAGUACAAUACGUGAUUGAGAUGUGAGAUGACGAUAGUUCCACUUUAUUGAGAUCUCGUAUAAAACCAGGUAGGACACCUAAAAGUAAGUGUAUUUUCAUUCUCCAAUCUGGCAUACUCCAUAAGUUGCUGCUGUAUUCAUUAGCAAUAUCAUGUGGUUACAACCACUGGUUUAUUUAUAAACACACUUCCAUAUCAUGCUUUGAUUCCAUUUCAAACCAAUAAAUGCUGCAGUAAUUUUAUAUUACUUGCUAUUUUCAUACUACAGGGACAAUAUUUUCUAAGUUUGCAUAAUUCCCAUAAAGCAACAUAGUUCUUUGUUUUGGAAUUAUUGGGAAACAAUACAUGUAAAUAUCACUUGUUUUCUUAAAAAAAAUACACCACUGUAAGAUACUUUACAGAGUCAGGAUAAAAUGGAAAAAAAUAUUAAAAUUAUAA